AUGCGGCUCUCACGCAACUCAUUGGGGUUCCUCGGAACCGCUGCUGCCAUAUCUGCACUUUUCGCAAGUCUGAUAUCAGAAAUCUCCUAUUGCGAACCUGCCGGCGGCAAGGACGAGACCGCGAAGGCAGUGCCAGCGUGCGAUAGCAAAACGCAGGGCCAAGAAGAACUACUGCUGACUCUCGACAGUAGCAAAGCGGAGAUCUCUUUUCUGUGCAGCGUGGAACACUCUGCUGUGCUCGAGCCUGCUACGCCUCCUGAUAGUGUCUACUUGACGAAAGAAUGCGCCAAUCCGACAGUCCUGAAGGCUGUGUUCCCCAACGCCUCGUUCUCGCAGUCUAGUUCGGAGCAAAAGUCGCCGGUUACCCCGAUAACCUACACCCUGAAAGUACCCCUGGAGGAACGGAAACAGCAGGAUCUGUAUUACUUAUGCAAAAUCACCAAACAGUCGAGUCCGGUCCUUGGCCACAGAACAGGUAGUGAUCCGCUGGAGACCACGACGACGUGCAGGGUUCACAUCGCUGUAAUUCCACCGAAGGAACCCGAAGCUCCCACAGCAACCGAGUGCACAUCUGGGUCCGUCACGGCCACUGUAUCCCUGUCUAGUCCGCUUGCGUUCAAAUGUGGUAGGGAGAUGGUGCUGAAACCUGAAUCCGUCACAGACGUCUUCGACGACAGCGACGGCAAGUGCGAAAAGCGUGUCGCCCUGAAGAGCCUCUUGGAGGCUGAGUUGGAGCAAGCGCAACCUGCGAGAGAUGGAUAUAAGCUUCAAGUUAAGGAAACGCCGGGACACGACGUCGCGUUCUGCUACCGGUGUGUGAAGCCAGCCGUCUCCUCAAACACAGACAGCUUGUCACCGACCCGAGGUGCUGACACCAAGAAUGAGGAGUGUCUUCUCAAGAUUUCCGUCAAGGGCAGUGCGGGGGCGUCAGCGGCUCGAGGAGCCGUGUGGACAAUGUCUGCUUUUAUGGCGUGGCAAUUCUCCUACGGGUUGUUUUCUUCGUGGAUGUAA